AUGGCAAACCUUGCGAUUCCCAAAGGCUCGACAGUUCUUGUGACUGGAGUCAACGGCCUCUUGGGCUCCCACGUUGCGAAACAGUUCCUCGAAUAUGGAUACAAGGUUCGCGGCACAGUUCGUAACCCGGACAAGGUUGCAUGGCUUCCGGCGGCAUUUGAAAGGCAAUUUGGCCAAGGCCAUUUCGAGCUUGCUCAAGUCUCGGAUAUGGCAGCGGAAGGCGCUUUCGAUGAAGCCACGAAAGGCGUCGCCGUAGUUGUGCACACAGCUUCCAUCAUGACGCUAGACCCCAACCCCAACAAUGUCAUUCCCGUCGCCAUCAAGGGCGCCCUGAGUGCAUUGAAGUCGGCUUACGCGCAGCCGAGCGUGAAGCGCUUUGUGUUCACUUCAUCGUCAGCUGCCGCUGGUCCGAAAGACGACUCACCAGACUCGGUGAUUACCGAAGAUAGCUGGAACGAGAACGCAGUCAACAUCGCGUGGGCCGAUCCUCCUUACAGCCCGGAAAGAUCUGGCGCCGUCUAUGCGGCGAGCAAGACGCAGGCAGAGCAGGAAGUGUGGAAGUACCACAAGGAGCACCGCAGCGAGCGCCCUGACCUCGUUGUCAACACUGAAUACUUCAUCGACAACGACGACACGGGCAGAUUGCAUGUUGCUGGAGCCAUUCUCGAGCAUGUGAAAGAUCAGCGCCUCUUCGGUCUCGCCCACACUUUCAGCUGGGACUUGAUCCUGGAAAUCUUCCGCAAGAACGAGCCUGGGAAGCAGUUCCCGGAGAACUUCUCUAACGAGCCGAGCCAGCACCCCGUCGAAGCGCGCGACAAAGCCGAGCAGUACUUGCGAGAGCUGGGACGUCCGGGCUGGACCCCCUUGGAAGAGUCCAUUUUGGAAACUGUGAAGGGUAUUCAGGAAGCGGGCGAUAAGCUUCAGUUCGAGUCGUACUCCCGGAUGGGUCUCCGGAAAGACACUGAGACGGCAGCCAAGUCGGCCUAG